CCCCCGCUGAUUGCGUUAAAAGUUCGGCGGGGCCAUUUUGGGGGCAGUAAGACCCAGCGCGGGGCCCGAGACACGCGAGGUAGCGCAGCGCACCGACCCGCCCACCCGGCACCAUGAGCGAGGCGGCCGAGACCAGCACCGCCAGCCCGGCGCCGCCCGCCCCGACCACCACUACCGCCGCUGCCCCGGCCGCAGCCCCCGCGCCGCCGCCCGCCGCCGCGGACGCCAAGCCCAAGAGCCCCGUCAGCACCGCCGCGCCGGGCGGAGCGAGUGUAGAGCCGGCCCCCGGCGCCGCCGCUGCCGUCACCACCGCGGAGACGGAGAAGAAAGUGCUCGCUACUAAAGUUCUUGGCACUGUCAAGUGGUUCAAUGUCAGAAAUGGAUAUGGCUUUAUUAACAGAAAUGAUACCAAAGAAGAUGUGUUUGUUCAUCAGACGGCGAUAAAGAAGAACAACCCACGGAAAUAUCUGCGCAGUGUUGGUGAUGGAGAAACUGUAGAAUUUGAUGUGGUUGAAGGAGAGAAGGGUGCAGAAGCAGCUAAUGUCACUGGUCCAGAUGGAGUCCCUGUAGAAGGCAGCCGCUAUGCUGCAGACCGGCGCCGCUAUCGACGUGGCUAUUAUGGCCAACGCCGUGGACCACCUCGUAGUGGUGGUGAAGGAGAACUCAAGGAUGGGGUCACAGAAGGACAACUUCAUCAACAAGUCCAUAGGAAUCCUACCUAUCGCCCACGCUAUCGCAGAGGGCCCCCACGUCCUCGCCCUGCCCCGGUGGCUGGAGAGGCUGAAAAAGAGAACCAGCAUGAGGCCAGUGCUAUGAGUCAGCAGCCACUUCGCCGUGGGUAUCGGCGCCCGUAUAACUACCGGCGUCGACCUCGUCCACCCAAUGCUCCAGCUCAGGAUGGGAAAGAGACAAAGGUGACUGAAACAUCUGCUGAAAAUUCUGCUUCAGUGACCGAGCAGAGUGGUGCUGAGUAAUGUCUGGCUCCUCAGGCACCUUUACCAUCCCUCAGGUGUCCUAAAAUGCAACUAAAAACAUAACACCAAAGAAACAUUCAAGCAAUAAAACAUCAACAAUGAUGAGAAAGCAAAGAUUCAAAACAUUAGAACUUGAGAAAACUUACCAGCAGCUGAGAUCCAGGGAAUGCCUGCAAGAUAGAUGCAUGAAGAAAGAGCAAGAUUCAGAAAGAGCAACCUCCCCAGUUUCAACAGCAACUGUGGGGUUUUUUGAUUUUGGGUUUUCUUAAAAUUUCACUGUUUUGCUAGCAUUGAAUUUUUCAACUCUUCUUUUGGAGUCAAACUGAAAAGGGAAAAAACCCAACUGAAGAACUGAAAUUAAAAUCAAAUGCUUUUUUUAUUGGAUGCUGGUGCUAAACCUCCCAGGUGUGAUUUUUUUUUUUCUGUGCCAGUCCUGUUCACUGCAGGACAUGAGGAGGAGAAACUUCUGCUUUCCUUGGUGAGAUCUAUUUGAAACUGCAGCAUGGGUGAUGUUCCUCACAAAUAAAAGUGAUUUCAACUACAAAAAAGCAAACUA